ACAUCACUUCCCGGCAAAACACGCACUGAAAAUAGCGCAAACCGAACGAUGCAUUCUCACCUCCCUCGCACCUCUCGACCGAUGUCAGUCUUAUCUUGGUCGGAAUUUUCAACCACCGCCAGUCGGGUUUCGUUAUCAAAUCAAGAAAGGUCGUCUUUUUGCUAAUCGCGGUAGGCUGUGCCUAGGUUACCAUUAGUUCCAGUACAUAAAAUCACGUUUGAUUAUGAGAAAGCUUCUGCCUCCACCCAAACACAUGGCACACCGGCACCGUCACCGGAUGGAAUCGGCCAGUGAUAACAGUGCCCCGUCCACAUCGAGCAAAUCGGACAGUUCCGAUGGAUCCGCAUCGGAGAUCUGCGAAGUAAUUCAGGAGUGGUCUCUGGACGCCGAAUCGCAGUCAAUUCCCAGCCAGAUUAGCAGCGGAAGUAGUUCGAGCGGCAGCAGCCACCAUCAUCAUCACCACCAUCAUCAUCACCAUCAUCUGCAUCACAAUCAGCGUCAACAGCAGCAGCAACAGUCGCAACAACAACAACAACAACAACAACAAACGCAACAUCAAAUAUCGGCCAUGAACGGAAGCUACAUCAACGAAGACGACUCCGAACUGGACUACGGCAAGCACGAUCUGAUCAGUCUGGAUAAUGGCAUGAUUACGGAUUUCGAGCGAGCCCAAGUGGAAAGCUUCUUCAGCGGUCUGGGCACGGAGGUCUACGUCAGCACUUCGUUGGCCAACCUGUACGAAAGCAUCGGCAAAGAAGAUUGGCGCCUCGUGUACACUGGCAUCCCUGUUUUGCUUCACGACAAAGGCUGCACCCGGUCCCGGUGCACUCCCCGAGUUAGUUUCGUCCUGGCCGAACGGGGCACCUGUUUUGCGCUUUGGAAGGACACCAUCGAUAAUUUGUCCGACUACAAAGUGGCAGCGGCUGCCUUCCACACCAUGUGUCUCUCGGCAGACCAUCGUAAGGUAAUCGGAUUCAGUUUCGACACGAACCAGGCGGCCCGCGAAAUGUGGGUUCGCGUCGAAGAGCUGAUCAGCAAUCCGGAAAAUAUUGCCCUCUCGGUUCCGGGCCGGAAGCGAAAGUCCAAGAAGAGCACCAAACCCAUCAUCCUGCCGCCAAAGUCACAAAUCUCACAGCCCUGUCAGUUUCACCACGUGACCAGUGUCACGACCAACGACACCCAGCGGUACUUCAGUCUGCAGGCGUUUGUGGCACCGCCCAUCAAACAUCGGGCCCCGUAGUCCGGAGCUUGCGGUGGUCGAUUUUUUUCGCUCUUUUAAGUUCCGAUCGGAAGUCAUUUCCACGGACAGGACAGUGGACAACGAUUUAUCAUAGUCUGACAGUUUUGGUUCGAAACUGAUUUAUUUAUUCUACAUCCUGUAUCGGAGACAGAUUCGCUGCUUCGUCAGUCAUCGGUAACCGGAAACCGAAUUUUAAUUUUUAACCAUCGUGAACCGUGAAACUUCUGAAAGUAAAAUACGAGGAGUUUUGUUAAUAAUUAAAUUUAAGUAACGCCGAACGAUCCGCGAGUUUUCAGAAUCGGCUGGUCGAAAAAAUCACGCGGUAGUCACGUUUUCACCCCCCAAGAAGUCGUUUAAUUACUUUCCCCGUUGUGGGCCCGGGAAACGGAUUCAUUGAUUUUCGACCGGGAAUCAACAGAGCAAAAAGUUGAUUUUUUUAACCAUAGAAAAUAAGUACAAUUAGCUUUCUUACAUGUUGCUAGAAAUACUAUCGAACUGAUGACCUUUUUUCGUUAGAGUGCAUCAAAUUUCACAAAAGCAAAAGUUCGUACGGAGGUCAAUGUACGAUGUGUACAUACACGUGUCUGUGAUAAAUUGAUCAGUCCACGAGCUAAACCCCAGUAGAAAGCACGCAUUCAGUAGCGAGUUAAAGGCUAGGGGCUACUUUGAUUACACGAAGCGACAGAAAACGAGCAAUAGUAAGUUCGAACGAACGUUUGCCAGUUGGCUUGGAAUAAAUUCCGAAUCGAAAUAAAUCUCUCCAUCGUUCGCUAUUCUAACGAAACGAUUCAACCUAGGUAAAUGGUUAAUUUAAAUAUCAUCGCAAUCAUUUUGGUAAAUUAAGUCGGAACGAUCGUGUGAGGUCAUGUUUCACUUCGUACGCUCCUCACAGCUAAGUUUCGUGUGGCUAAGCGACAUCAAAUUCGUUCGCACAAAUUUUCUUCACACUUCUUUAAAGUUGUUCUAACUUUUACCGACAGUCAAUGUAGCUAUAAGAUAAAAGCAAAAUUUUUCAACAUAAUAAUGUUCAAGAAUGCUAUUCUGAUUCAUCUGUAGAUAACUGUAUCAAUGUAAGUUAAAAAUUACCUGUAAUAAAUUUAUGUGCAUAACUGAAACUGGUGAUAAUUUUCUUUCGAAGAGUGACAAGUUGGUGGUAAGUAUAACUUUCGUUUGACGCCCCCUAUUUGCGGUGCGUUGUGUUUUGACAAAGCUUUUGACAGAUGGCACAUUCAUCAUAAUUG